AUGUCCCCCAUCACACGUCCAACAGCAACUUCCUCUCAACUCAACUCAAAAUCAAAAUCAAAACCUCCGGGAAAGGACAAAGACAAAGACAAACCCUCCAAACUGAAACAAAAAAGGAAGGAGAAGGAAACUGAAAAGUCGAAGGCCAUAAAAUCCAAAGCACUCAUUGACGAUUCCGACCUGGAAUCAGAUGAUGUAGAAGAGGUAGAGGUAGCACCGGAGCCGGAAACAGAAUCGUCUAGCUCACUCGUCCCACCCGGUUCGACGAGACUCACCACUCUCCUUGACGGAGACGACUUCGAUUACGAUACGUUAGAAGGGAAUGAUGACCUCGAGUUAUGGGUUUUACGUGUUCCUGAGGGGAUAAAACCAAAAUACCUAUCAAACCUCACCCUCACCCUCCCACCUCCUACAACCUCAACGUCCUCCCAAAAACUCGGAAAGCUCGAAGGGAAGACCGCGACGUACGACGUUUGGUCCGUUCCUUCCUCUUCUACCAACACUACUUCGUUCAAUGCCGAUGACGACGGAGAUGAUGAACAAGGACGAGACGUCGGGAAUACAGUCGGAGGGGAAGAACUCCUCGGUUUGGGUUGUCUUUUACCUAGACGGAGGAAGGAAGGGAAGCUGUUCGUUGCCCCGAAACCAAUAACACACCACCUCGUCCUAACCGCUCAACCGACCCUCCCAACCCCGCCUCCGUCCUCACCUGAGGCCGAGACUAACAAUUCUGGAGAAUGCACGCUGAAAACGAGUGAGGGUAUAUACAGAAGCCCUGCGCGGUACCAACAUCCCAAACACCUCCUUAAACACCGGUUCAUACCAACAGGCGCAAGCGAAGGCAACCACUCUUCAUCGUCGAAGACAGGUGGUGAAGCUGUCGGUGAAGAAAACAGAAUAGAAGUCGACGGGCGGGCUUCUACUAGUAAGACGAAGGUCAAGGCGACCCCAAGCAAGACAGAGAAGGAGAAGAAGAAAAAGGAGAAGAAGGAGAAGAAGGAAACCGAGAAAGAGGAGGACGUAACCGAGAGCCCGACGAAGAAGAAACGAAAAGCAGAGGGUGAAUCGAAGAAGAAGAGCAAAAAAGCAAAAACGACUACUGUUGAAUCAUGACAUUCCUCGCGUACAGAAAUUGUCUAAGCCUGUAGCUUAUACCUAG